UUUAUAAUCUGUAGUUCGUCCCGCCCUGGUAUUGAUUUUCAGAUUGUUAUAUACUUUUGUUAUAUACUAUUCCCAUUUACCCCACACCUAUAGUAUUCGCAUAUAGACGUUGAUAAAAUCUUUCUUUCCUCCUUGGCUUUCGUCGAGACAACACAUGCUGUCAACGCCCAACAGUAAAAAUCUUUUGUGUGAAUAGUAAUGUUAUCCAGAGAGGUCUAUGCUGUUUGGUGCCCCGACUAACAAUGCAACCACUUAUAUCUCCAGUGGAUCAUGAAUCACGCACCAAUUCUUAUCGUGCGGAAGAAGAGAACAGGGGCACUGAGGCGACACCACUUCUCCAACGAUUCCCGAGGUAUCAAGGCAAUGAUAACCACUAUCGCACCAGGGCUGUUGUCAGCUUGCUUCUUCUAAUACUGCUAUCUGGCAUUGUCAUUGGCACAUAUCUCCUGAUCAUCCAAAGCAGAUCAGAGAAUGUGCUACCUCCAAUUGAAGAGCCGGAGCGUUAUGUUAGCCGUCUUCAAUGGGAUAAGAAUAAGGAAGUUAAUCAGUUAAAUCUUGUGCCACAGUUGAAGAAAGAUACUGUCAUCAUUGUUCAAACGGAUACAGAACAAUGUGACGGUAUAAAAACUUGUUCUAUGCUACUGAACUCAAUGCAGGAAAAUGGAACUCUUCUGCAAUAUAACUUCUUGGUGUCACCCGAUGGAGAGAGCUUUGAAGCACUGGGAUGGCGAAGAAAUUCAAUCAUUUUUCCCAAGUACUCUACAAAUGCUUUAGUCCUGGCAUUUAUAGGUAAUUACACACAAGAAGCACCAUCAUCUGCUCAAGUUAUGCAAGCCAAAAUAUUUCUAGAAAACUCCAUAAGUCAGGAACAUUUAGAUUUAAAUUUCAAUAUAAUCGGUAAAAAGACUAAAGAGUUUCCAAAAUAUUUGUUCAUAGAGUUAAGUAAAUUGCCGCAAUGGAAUAAACAGCUCUCCGAUAUGGAUUGAGCUGAAUUGUUAUUGUGAUUACAUAUUUGUUAUGUUCUCAAGUUGUCAAUGAAUCUCUAUAUAUAUAAGGAGUUAUUAGAUUUUAUUUUAAGUCAUAAACGUAAUAUAAGAAAAAAUUUAGUGAGAUUAAAAAUGUUAUUUUUC